ACUCCAUUUAACCCUUUUAAAAUCUUAAUGGAAUACACCCCCCAAAGUUAGACGAUUGCACCACACAGAACUCCCAAAUAGGAAGAGAGCACGCUCCCACCCAAUUACCGGGAAGAAAGAAGUUGAAGAAAAAAAAAGACAAUAGUGGGAAGAGAGCACGAACAGGAAGAAAAAAAGGGAAAGAAGAAGUACGCUCGCUGGAGAAGUAUGCUCGCAGGAGAGAGAGAAGACGCACUGUAACCCCUAGUGUUUAAAUGGGUUUUGGAAAUAAAAAAUAAAUAAAAUAUGACUUGUCAUGUUUUAAGCGGUCAGAUCGUUUGAGUGGCUUGGGCUAUUAGGGCUAUUGGGUAAGUUCAGAAGCGGACAUCGUCGUGCCCAGUAUAGUUGGAUUUGGUUCUGGCUGGGACUUCUUCAAGGAAUAAGUGAUGCAAUGUUAUUGCUUACCUUCAACAAAUGGAAGCUCUGGAGUUCCCCAGCGCUGCAUUGUAGUUAUUGUUUGGGAUUCUUAUAGAUUUAUUUGUCCAGUCCAGUCCUAAGGAGUAUGAAAGUUGAAGGCUUUCCCAGUAAAAGCACCAUUUCAGCAAUCAAACGCGGCUUUCAGAGUCAGUGUGUUUCGAAUGUCAAAUUGGAUGGUGAAGAUUUUGUGUCAAAAUUGCUUGAUAGAAGAUGGACAUUGCCCCACCCAGAUGCCAAAAUUCACCAAGUAAUGCUCUCCACUAGCAAAGUAUCACAACCAGGCAGAGCCUUAUCUGAUGUUUCCUUCUUCAACAAAAUUAACCCAUCUUUUAGUCAUGGUUUGAUGGACAAGGACGAUCGAGAACCUUCUUUCUUUAUUGUGAGGGAUGACCUUUUGCAUCCGUUGAUAAAUGGUAAUAAAGCUAGAAAAUUGGAUGGAUUGAUUCCCCUUGUCGAAGAUCACUCAGUGACCCAUGUGGUCACAUGUGGAGGUUGUCAAAGUGCACAUGCGGCAGCUGUUGCUGUUUCAUGUUCAGAGAGAGGACUAAAAUCACAUUUACUUCUACGAGGAGAGCAGCCUGAAAUACUAACAGGCUAUAACUUGAUGUCAACAAUAUAUGGAAAUGUCACAUAUGUUCCAAGAUCUCUUUAUGCCAAUAGGGAAAAGAUGUUAAAGAGCCAUGCUGAUUAUUUGGCAGGCAGCAGUGGUAAUGUCAUAUGGUUUGAUGAUAUUUUGGAGGCUUCUUUGAGUGAAAAUGAUGGUGCUAUGAGCUUUUUGCAAAAGGAUGCUUAUAGAAGUGACCAUCCUCGGAAAAUCGUAAUUGUUAACGAAGGUGCAGGAGAUGUUGUAGCAUUACUAGGCCUGAUUCGCCUAGUGCAGUACUUAUCCCAGAAUCACAUACUUGGGAAAGAAAGGCCCUUGAAGCUUGUUGUAGAUGCUGGAACUGGGACAACAGCUGUUGGUUUAGGACUUGGAGCCAUAUGUUUGGGGCUCCCAUGGGAGGUAACUGCAGUGAUGCUGGCUGAUACAAUUGAUGGGUAUAGAAGUCAAGAGAGGCGUUUGAUUUCCGAUUUCAAGAGGCAUUUUGGUCUUCAAAUUGACCACUGCUUUGAUGAAAUAGAUAGAGGACUUGUGCACUGGUUAGAACGUUGCCAUCCAAGAAAGUUUGGCAAUGUUUUAGAAGGGGAGGUAGAGGCAUGUCAACACAUUGCACAACAAACUGGUAUAUUAGUGGAUCCAGUGUAUACACUUGCUGCGUGGGAGAUGUCAGCGGUCCUUCGUGAACAGGAAGCAGAAGGAGGUGCAACAGUGGUGAUGCUUCACACUGGAGGCACUCUAGGCAUGUUUGGAUUAGCACAGAGAUACAAAUCUUACUUCUCUAAGCUCAAAACUGGGCUUUCCAACUAAACAGGUAGCUGAGUUCACUGGAUUCAUUUGAACAGUUCAAAUUCAUACAUUUGUAUCUCCAUUCAACUUUCAAUUGAUUUUGAGAAAUUAUAGUGAAAUAUUCUUUAAGGUCACAUGUCAAGGUGUUUUGAGCAGUGACUCAGUGUUAA